CUGUCACCAUAGGAUGGAAAGAGCAUGGCACUGGCCUGGCUCCAGUCUCACCCGUCCUGCACCGUCCCGAGCCUCUUCAAACACCAGCGUACCCCUGUCAAACACUGCUGAACAGGACUGUGGAGACCAUGCUGACUGGUACUUGGCGCCGGUCUGUGGGGCAGCAAUCUGCGGUGCACGUAGUGAACCCCAGUGGGGUGACAGUUUGCGGGGUCCCCAGCGGGACUGUGGUCCUUGAGGCUCAGUAUGACUACACCUACCGGGGAGCAGAUGGGCGGCAAGUUUGUAUAAGAGAGGGCGAACGGUUUGUUCUCCUGAAAAAGACAAAUGCAGACUGGUGGCAGGUACGAAGGAUUGGAGCAGCCAGUAAAACAAAGCCAUUGUAUGUCCCUGCCACAUACGUGACAGAGGUACCCAUCACUCCAAUGCCCUCACCCCAGCGCCUGGUCACAUCAGUUUCACUGACCUCCAACAUCAGGAUACUACCCCGGGCGUCUCUGUCUCCCAGCCUCACAGGAACUGCUAGUAAUGAAACCCAUCAAGUGAACAAACCCUUCUAUCACUCCAUGGAAAACCUCAACUCCAGCAGUGCCUUCCAGAGGUCUGAGAAGAAAACCAGCGCAGGUGUAAACCGGUUCCCCACCCUCCCCCUCUCUGGAUUCACCUUCACUUCAAAUUCCUCCAACUCCCAAUCAGGCCACCUCACCGUCCCUGGGUUCCCUGCAGCCCCCACGACCCAAACAGCAUCAUCAAAUCCCAGAGUCGUCCCUAUGAUCACCCGGAGCCAGAGCUCCAGCAAUCUGCCUGAAAACGUGAUGGAGAACCCGUACGACGAGGUGGGGGGUGGUCUCGGCAGCCACAUCAACCACAAGAUCCCUAAGAAGUCUUGUAGCCAGUGGGACAUGGUGGGGUCUUCAGGCAAAAACAACCAUCUGCAGGUCCCGACAGAAGGCUAUCUGUCUCAGCUGUCAUGGCAGGACUCCCCCAUUUAUACGGAGAUGCAGCUGGAGAAGCGUCAGUUGCAGCCGGAGCCACCCAGCCCUGCUCCGAGUCAGCAGCCUCUUCAGAUCAUGGACAUGUGGGAGCAGUACUCUGACCCGGCCACAGGUAGAUGCUAUUACGUCAAUAGCAUCACCAAAGAGAGGUCAUGGAAGCCCCCUCGGCGGGCUCGCGCUCAAAGGAGCAGCCAGAUAAACCGUUCAACACAACAGGCCAAUCCGGUACAAAGUCAGACAUUACCCCGGGACACCAGCCAUCUGUCUCUGCCUCUGUCUGGACUCACACAAAGAGUGUCGCCUGAUUUCCUCUUUGGGAGCCACCAAAGAAAUUCUGACAGCGGCUGGCAGAUGACCCAGCGUGCCGCCUCCUCUGAGACCUUGAGCACGAUGGCGUUCGCCAACACCGACGCUCCGUGCUACAGCUCUUCACCCCUGCGCGGCAACCAGCAGCAGCUCAGUCACUCACAGUCUGUGAACAGCCAGUUGGCUCGGCAGCACAGCGAUUACUCCUGCAAUGUGACAAACAUUGUCGUUGAGCCUCCGUCUCCCGCGAGCUCUCCAGACAGUGAAGGCGGCACACCGGAGCUGGAAAAAGCCGGACUCUUGAACAAGACAAAGAUAGCGGAAGGAGGCAGAAAACUGAGGAAGAACUGGAGUCCAUCGUGGGUGGUGUUAGUUGGGAACAGUCUGGUUUUCUUUAAAGAUCCCAAAUCACAAACACCUUCCAGCUGGAAACCAGGAAACAGUCGUCCAGAGAGUAGCGUGGAUUUAAGAGGAGCACACCUGAACUGGGCCAACGAGCUGUCCAGCAAGAAAAAUGUUUUUAAGGACCGUGAGAACCCACUAGACAACGUGCUUCAGUACUCUCUGAGGAGAGCCGGCAGCGUGGAGAUGCUGGACCAGAGCGGCGACGAGGACGAGAGGAGAGGCUCUCUCCCUCGCUCCGCGUCCAACCUGGAAAACACAGAAAGGAAGCGGGUGAAGACCCGGCUGAAGAAGCUGAUCCUGAAGAGACCUCCUCUGCAGGCCCUGCAGGAGAAAGGCCUCAUUAAAGAUCAGGUGUUCGGCUGUCGUCUGGAGAUGCUGUGCGAGCGGGAGAGGAGCACCGUCCCUCGCUUCGUCAGGCUCUGCACCGAGGCCGUGGAGAAGAGAGGGCUGGAUACUGACGGCAUCUACAGAGUGUCAGGAAACCUGGCUGUGAUUCAGAAGCUCCGCUUUCUGGUGGACCACGAACGAGCGCUGACCACUGACGGGCGUUUCAUGUUCCCGGCGGAGUUUGUACAAGAGGAGAAGCUGAAUUUGGACGAGAGCGAGUGGGAGGACGUUCAUGUCGUCACGGGAGCGUUGAAACUUUUCUUCCGCGAGCUCCCCGAGCCGCUCGUGCCGUACGGGUUCUUCACCGACAUCGUGGAGACAGUCAAGAUGACGGAUUAUGAGGACAAAGUGGAUCGUCUGAAGUGUCUGGUGCUCAACAUGCCUCCUCCGAACCACGACACGCUCAAGUUCAUGUGCCGGCAUCUCAGACGGGUGUUAGAAUGUUCAGACGUCAACAGGAUGACCACCCAGAACAUCGGCAUAGUGUUCGGGCCGACGCUGAUGCGCCCGGAGCGGGACAACGGCAACAUGGCGGUGAACAUGAUUUACCAGAACCAGGCGGUGGAGCUCAUCCUCAGCGAGUUCGACCACAUCUUCGGAACGAGAGGCCCCUCCUGAUCUCGUCAGACCGCGGAGGUCGCGACGCUGGCGGCCCGGCCCGCUCCUCCGAAUCAGACUCUGAGCAUGAAGCAGUGCAGCGAGAGCUCUGUAGGCUCAUAUGGUGUAAAAUGGAUUUCACAUCAAAAGAUAAUUAUGGUGGUAAAAAAGAACCAGGAAAAGAAAGCUGCUAAUCAUGACAUCUGGCCUCCAUAAAAAGCCAUGUUAAAACAAUAAUAGUAAAACAAGCCAAUUUUAGCUGCGAUGCUGGAGCCUUUGAGGGCAGAUGUGGAGCUCAGUCCCGGUGAGGCUCGCUGCUGGAACAGACGCCUCCUUGUCACUUCUCCUUGAUGUUUCAGACUUGAUCAGGGCAAAGAAAAAAAAAAGAGAAAUAUCUUCCAGCCUGCCUAGUGUAUUCUUCAGCGAUCCACCAGGCAACAGGAGUGGUGUGUGUUUUAAUGUAGCGCCGAGACAAAACUUAACAGAACCAUCUCACUGUGAAAACCCAAUAUCAGGACGAACGGACUGAGUGAAAACAGCAAACAGGAAGACAAAUAAUCCACUUAUGCAAGACUUCAUACGCUUCCACUGAGAAUUGAGAAUUGAGAGUAUUCUCCAAAAAAAAGUGAUGGCAGCAAAUGUAUCUUUUUAGUGACCCGUUAGCACCCUCAGAGCCUUUCACAUCUAUUUUAUUAGUCAAAACUCACUGUAAUAAUUUAAAACUAUGAAGUUGUAAAUAUUAGAAAUGUUGUUUUUGAAUCACUUUAUACACAAUGGGCAACCUAAAUAUUCUACAUAGGCAAAUUCAAACCCGAACUUUUGCUUUGAGACGACGAGGAUGUUCCUGUCAACUCUCCUCCAAUAAAAGACGUGUGUGAGCAGACUGACACGAUGUGUUUUGUUACUCAGGGUGUCAGGUUGUUUGUUGCAAGCGGCGGGUUGCGUGACAGAUACUGGAGGCGGGUGGAGGGACGUGGGCCUCGGCGACUCGGCGGGCGGAGUCGCAGUGAUUGGUGCGAAUGCUGCUUUUAAUAACAGAACAAAAGAGGAACUGGAAAUGCAUAUGUUUUAAAAAUGUGGAUUUUCCCCCCUUGAAACCCUCUCACUCUGUGGCUUGGGGUAAUUUUAUAUUGACUGUGGGUUUGGCAAAAGACAAGAAAGAGCUGAAAGGAGGCACUGCUGGGGGGGCGGAGUGACUUUAGGGGGAGAUUUUAUUAAAUACGUUCCUUCAUUUUGGUGUUUGUUGCAUUUCAAGGCAUUGGAGCUGAUUGGACGUUGUGUGCAGCUGACUGAUGAGGAGUCCUCUUAACCUGAUCUCAUUUUCGCUCCCCAUGGUGUCUUUAAAUUCGAAUAACUCAAUUUUUUUAGCUUGAGCAUACCACACUUGUUUAUUUAAUCCAAAUGCACAACUUGUAUUAAAGUUUAAAGUCAGCAGAUUUAGGGUUUUUUUUUUGUCAUGAACCUCUUAAAAUCAUUAAAUGUCUGCAUUCAGCCUUAAAGGAC